AUGGAUGAACCUCUUUUACCGGUACAGAGCCCUGGCCCCAAUGUACACAACUUAAAGACCACUCUUCAUCCUUCAAACGAUGAUGCGCACGUUUUCGGGCUGCAAUCUCCUACCAUAACCAGAAGUAAAAGCCACAUAUCCUCCGAGGAAGAGAGUAUUGACGAUGGCAAUGGUUUCUGUUAUGACGAAAAGGAAGAGUUGCAUGAUUCGGGGCGGAGAGGAAACGGAACGGAGAACCUCCAGACUGAACAGCGAACUAUCGAAAUCAAGGGCCUGCCUGAGCGAGCCACUCAUCUUGACCUAUUGAACGCAAUUCGGGGAGGUGCCGUACUCGAAAUGUAUUUGAGGCUCUUCGACCGCUCUGCUCGCGUCUCUUUCACUGAACCCGCUUCUGCGAGGGAAUUCAUGAAUAAUGUGAAAAACGAUGGGCUUUACGUCAGUGGAAAGAAGGUCGAGGCUUCCUGGGGAGACCGCCAAUUCUACAUUCGCCCAUAUGUCAAGCAAAAUAUCGAGCAUGGCGCAUCACGAAACUUGAUUAUCAAGGGCGUUAACCCAAAUAUCACGUCAUCGCUUAUACGAGAUCAUCUCAACCAUAUUCACAACCUCGUUGUUGUCGAUAUCAAAUUCAACAAAGGGAAUGCUUACAUUAGCACCAACUCGGUCCACAACGCGAUGUAUGCCCGUUCUUGCAUGAUGUCGCGCACAACCUACAAGGGAAUGAGGGUUGAGUUCAGCCCAGACGAAUGUGCUCGUCCUUAUCUAAAAGUCCAGAAAACUAUCAAGACCACCCUCAAAUCUCCUGUUGCUGCUAUAAAGCCUCCUGUCCCUCCAUCCAACAGGUUUGAGAUGCUGAAUAUUGACGAAUUCGAAGAUACGGAUGAGUCUGAAGACGACUCCUCUGCUGGUAUCAGCAUAGGAUUGACCGAAUAG